AUGUCGCUGGUGAGACCUCGGGGCUUCAAAAAGACGGUCUCGUUUACUGUCCAGCCCACGGAGUCGCAAGAGGAGGAAAUCCACCCUUCGGUUUCAAUACCUGGUCUCUAUACAUCGCCGCUUUUGCUUCCGAUGCACCAUUUGUUGAUAAUAAUUGGUCUCUUCAAAGACGGGUUGACGCAGAAUCCUUUGCGAGUUAUGGUUAAGGGCGCAUUGGUGCUUCUAGCAGUUCAAUUGGUGUAUGGCUAUGUAUUAUCAGUUGUCUCUGGGGCAGACUCUAAUAAAGAAAAGAGAGGGAAGAAACAGAGCCGCAACUUUUCAAGCCAUGUAGCGAAAGUGCUUGUUGCAACGCUUGUUUCCUUGCUUUUCACGCCCGUGGCGUUUGUUGUGUUGGUGUUGUUCGGAGCUCCACUUUAUGGAUAUUUGGCAGAAACAUAUAUUUUGGGUGUACACCUCUCGCUCAUGAUUGUGCAGCCUUUGCUCAUUAUUUUUGGAAUGGAUUUCGAGCAAUUGUAUUCUGUGGCCAAAAGCGCGACGGUGUUUAAACUCAUCUUCACAAAUCCCAUUCUUUGCAGCAGCUUCUUUUGUGUAUUAGGCACAUGGUUAGGUGUUGUUCCAAUUCCACUCGAUUGGGAUAGACCCUGGCAGCAGUGGCCAAUCACGCUAUUGGCCGGAGGGUAUGGAGGUUGUGUUUUGGGGCUGCUUAUCGGGUACAUCAGCCAAUACUUGUGA